UGCGCAGAUGCCCCAAGCCCGGUUCACUACAUAACCAGCGGCAGCGGGCACUGCAGUCAUCGAAACGUGCUCCUCCUCCUCCUCCGGUACGAUCCUGCCGCCAUUGCGUUCUGAGCCAGUGAGUCGAAGCAAGCAUCGGUGCGGAGCUGCAGACGAUCCAGCUUGUCACGAAGAUGGCGAUCUCCCGGCAAUCGAGACAUGCCGGCCUCUUGGUGGCCGCCACUCUGGCAAUGAUCUUCAUAGGCUCUGCCGACGCGUGGUGCAAAGAAGGCACCAAGGACUGCGACUACAACCACAAGAACGGGUGCGAGACCAACGUCCUGUACGAUGUGAAGAACUGCGGCGACUGCGGCAACAAGUGUGCGUGCGGCCCGUACGCCGUCCCCAAGUGCAACAAAGGCAGGUGUGAGUUCUCGUGCAAGGCCGGCUGGGCUAACUGCAACAACGACUGGAAGGAUGGGUGUGAGAAGGACGUCGGCAAGGACGUGUUCAACUGCGGCGGCUGCGGCAAGAAGUGCGAGUGCGGCCCCAAUGCCAUCGCCAAGUGCAACGGCGGCAGGUGCCAAUACAGCUGCAAGGCGGGAUGGGCCAACUGCAACGGCGACUGGAAGGACGGGUGCGAGAAGGACGUGAGCAAGGACCUGUACAACUGCGGCGCGUGCGGCAAGAAGUGCGAGUGCGGCCCGUACGCCAGCGCCAAGUGCAGCGGCGGCAAGUGCCAGUACACGUGCAAGUGGGGCUGGGCCAACUGCAACGGCGACUGGAAGGACGGGUGCGAGAAGGACGUGGGCAGCGACGUGAACAACUGCGGCGGCUGCGGCAACAAGUGCCCCCAGCCCAAGUACUUUGGCGGGGAGGCCACCUGCAAGAACGGCAAGUGUCGCGACCAGUGCAAGAAGGGGAUGAAGUUCGACGCCCACAAGAAGUGCUGCGUCCGCAGGUACUGACGACGGACCGAGGUCGGGAGCAGUGGAUCCCGCUUCGUUCCACUUGUGCGCCGAUGCGGUGCGCUGGACAAUGCUGCUUUCUCCCUGCCGUGGCCGGACCGACGACGGCGCGGGCAGCGUGUUCCAGAGGUCACAGUGUUGGUAGUCGGUAGUCGGUAGUCGAGUUGGAAGAAUAAGAGGCCGCAGUGCAUCAUCUCGAUGCACAGACACAGCCGCUGAUGACGAGCGUAGAGAGUGGCCGCUGGAGCGCCGCGGUCCGGGCUCUGUACCAUUGGGCUGACCGAUGUAGAUGUGUAAAUUGAACUCAGGAGCUUGUGGCAACUGGGAUUCCCUACAAUAACAUGAAGAGAUACUGAAUGAUUGACAACACAA